AGCUAGCAGGCCCACUUAACAAGCCCAUCACUCCUGCCCUUGCCAUUCUUCUUCUUCUGAAUUCAGUUGUUCGUCCGCUGACAGUGGCACUUUUCCUCGAUCCCACGAUUACCCAUCUCAUCUUCCAUCCUUCCUUUUCCUCCCAACAGGGAUGACGGAAGUUGGAGAAAUAUCAGGUGCAAAACCCUGUGAAGAAAUCUGGGCCAAGCUUGUUCCGUCAGACUCAAGAUACCUGGAUGUGGAGAUUAGUUCGGAUGAGAUUGUAGUUUGUUCAGAGAUCUUGUUCUCUUCUAUUCACAAAUGCAAGUGGUGCAAGAUAACAAGGAAUUCAGACCACUCUUCUGCCACAAUACAAAAUAAAAGGUCAAAUGCAAUAGUUGUUGACGGGAGUGUAAUCCAAGCUGAAGACACUACUGUUAUCAGAUGUGGAAGUGAAAUUGUUUCAGGUCUUGAUAAGGAAGGGUAUUUAAGCUACAGGUUCAACGUAUUGCCUGGUCCUGAAACUUGUCAGAAGCAGUUAAAGAUUUCUAUGGAUGCUGAGCAUGCAAAAUGCUGCAUUUGUUUGAAUAUAUGGCAUGAUGUUGUCACCGUUGCUCCUUGCUUCCAUAAUUUCUGCAAUGGUUGCUUCUCGGAGUGGUUAAAAAGAUCACAGGAGAAACGUUCAAGUGUACUCUGUCCCCAAUGUCGAGCAGUUGUGCAGUUUGUUGGAAGGAAUCACUUCCUGCUUAAUGUUGCAGAGGAAAUGCUAAAAGCAGAUUCUUCAUUAAUACGCUCCAAUGAUGAAGUGGCAAUUUUAGACUCUUAUGCAACAAUACUAUCUAAUCUUGUCAUAAACUCUGGAAAACAUCUACGAGGAAAAAGGGCUCGCUCCCAGGUGGAUCAAGAAGCUGAUAAUGCGUCAAAUCCCUGCCCUCAAUGUGGUACUGAAUAUGGUGGGUUUCGCUGCAAUCAAACCACCAUCCAUCUGCAAUGUCAAGCAUGCGGAGGAAUGAUGCCUUUGCAAACCAACUACAGUGUACCUCAACACUGUUUAGGAUGUGAUAAGGCAUUCUGUGGUGCAUAUUGGCAUGCGCAAGGGAUUGCACAAAGUGAUUCUCACCGCAUGUGCAGUCGCGAGACUUUUAAACCUAUCUCAGAACACACCAUCUCUAGAAUGCCUACUUCAGCACAUGAAAACAAUCGACAUGAACAAGUUAUCACUGAGAAGUGUAUUGCACAUUUGGGGAGAACAUUGCAGGAUGUUAUUGCAGAAUGGCUUGCAAAGUUGGACAACAGAGAAAUUGAUCGAACAAGGAUGCCCCUGAAUCAUGGUGAGACGAUAACUUCUGCAACACCUACAUGCAAUUACUGUUAUGAGAAGCUGAUAUCAUUCCUCUUGUACUGGUUUCGGGUUUCAAUUCCCAAAUAUCAUCUGCCCCCAGAAGCGUCAAACAGGGAAAAUUGCUGGUAUGGGUAUGCAUGUCGGACACAACACCAUAAUGAUGAGCAUGCUCGUAAAAGAAAUCAUGUAUGCCGUCCAACUAGGGGUACUAAUAUGUAGCUUUUCUGUUUUUUUCGUUUGUUUUGAGAAUUAGAAGUUGAUUUUCAAACUUAUGCUUCUUUGGUACUAAGGAGACUUUCUGGAAUCCAAAAUCUAUGCUGAAGAUUUUACUUCUGUUUGCUUAUAA